ACCCUACAGUCCCCUGACCUCUUUUGACAAUUACUGCUUGUAUUAUUAGUGACAUUUAGUAAAAAUCCUUUGAAUUUCUGUUAGGAUAGGUGGGCAGAAAUUCUGAUCAGAAAUAGGAAAAGGUAGUCAUGAUGAAAACAUAACCAAAGUGGACCGGCCAUACUCAGCGUCUCAGCAUUUAUUUAGAGCAGAGAUAUUAAAGGUAGCCUUUAUGUUUCAAUGUUUUAUCUGCUACUCCCUGCUCCCCUCCCCCAACAACAACCAAAACACUUUAAAAUUUUAAAUUGAAAAGUUGCCCAGUCAUUCAGUGAUGUCAGUGACAAAGGCUGAACCACAUUUAGACUAACCCCAAGGAAAGGAUCACGUAUUGUUAUUUAUUUUUAAAGAUUCCUUUUUACCUUGUCAUGAUCUGGGUCUCUUUCUGCUACUGUUUGCCCUGGCACCUUUUGGAAAGCACUGUGUCUUGCAUAGCAUGUGCACUUUUUUCCUGAAAUGUGCAGCACACUCGACAAUGCAGUGAUUUUUUUUUUUUCCUCCUUUGCUUAGAACUGAGGUAGAAACCCCAGGGGAUUCAAGUACCCACUUGAUAGGCUCAGUCUCUCUUAAUCAGCCUGUAAUGGAGCUAAUGGCUGUUUGUCAUCCUUGGAGAUAUUAAUUUCCUGGCGGUGUCUCCUGCAGACAGUGCAUGAAAUAUGCUCAGUAUGCCAGCAAGGGUUGAUAAUCAUUAGAAGGGCAGGGUGCUCCGUUAGCCAGAAGAGCCAGGGUUUCCCGGCUGCCAGGCUACAGAACUCGCCUCACCACUCCUGAGACAUGGACAACGCCGUUGACGGACUGGACAAAGCUUCUGUCGCAAACUCAGAUGGCCCCACGGCAGGUUCCCAAACACCUCCCUUCAAGAGAAAGGGCAAACUGUCCACCAUUGGGAAAAUCUUUAAACCUUGGAAAUGGAGGAAAAAGAAGACAAGCGACAAAUUUAGAGAAACCUCAGCAGUAUUAGAAAGGAAGAUAUCCACAAGACAAAGUAGAGAGGAGCUGAUAAGAAGGGGAGUUCUUAAGGAAUUGCCUGAUCAAGAUGGAGAUGUAACAGUUAACUUUGAAAAUUCAAACGGGCACAUGAUACCCAUCGGAGAGGAGUCUACCCGAGAGGAAAAUAUAGUAAAGUCUGAAGAAGGUAAUGGCUCUGUAUCUGAAAAAACACCACCUCUGGAGGAAAAGGCAGAAGAUAAGAAAGAGAACACUGAAAACCACUCUGAAACUCCGGCAGCUCCUGCUCUACCUCCUUCAGCUCCUCCUAAGCCUAAACCCAAACCUAAACCCAAAAAAACACCUGUGCCUCCAAAAGGGGCCACAACUGGGGCCAGCCACAAAGGUGACGAAGUGCCUCCCAUUAAAAAAAAUACCAAGGCUCCUGGUAAGCAGGCCCCCGUCCCUCCACCCAAGCCAACAAGCCGAAACACAACCCGAGAGGCUGCUGGUUCCUCUCAUUCAAAAAAACCAAGUGGCUCCAAAGCAUCAGCUUCACCAUCUACUUCGUCCACCUCCUCUCGUCCCAGAGCUUCAAAGGAGACAGUUUCUAGCAAAACAGGGACAGUGGGGACUACAAAGGGCAAGAAAAAAACUGGCAAGCAGCCAACGACUUCUCGCCUGUCCUCGGACACAACCACUUGUGGGGUAUCCGACCUUACGGGGGAGCCUCCGGAGAGCGGAGCGGAGGGCCUCCCACCCGAGCAGACUGCCUCUGGGGCUGAGGAGCAGACCGCCGGCAAAUCCAAGUCUGGGGUCCCCCCGCCCCCUGUGGCUCCAGCACCUUCUCCCCCCUCCUCCCCUCUCCCUCCCGAGGAUCAGUGCGUUGUCGCCCCCGACACUCCACUCGUCCUGGUCAGCGUGGGAGCCGACCUGCCCGUCUCUGCCUUAGACCCAAGUCGGCUUCUUUGGGCUGAAGAGCCGACGAACAGAACCACUCUCCACUCAGGCCCCGGCUUAAGUGACAGCAGAGAAAGCGCAAAAUGUUUCACGACCAAAGAUGAGCUGACCCCUCAGAUACUGACUCCUGGGCUGAUGGGAGAGUCCUCAGAGUCCUUCAGUGCCAUGGAGGACGAAGGCCAGAGGGAGUACCAGGCCAGUGACUCCGACUCCGAUGGGCCCAUCUUGUACACCGAUGAGGAUGAGGAUGAGGACGAGGAUGAGGAUGGCAGUGGAGAAAGUGCUCUGGCAAGUAAGAUCCGACGGAGGGAUACUCUUGCUAUCAAACUCGGCAACAGGCCAUCUAAGAAAGAAUUAGAGGACAAAAACAUCUUGCAGCGCACCUCUGAAGAAGAGAGACAGGAAAUCCGACAACAAAUCGGGACCAAGUUAGUCAGGAGGCUUAGCCAGAGGCCCACGACUGAAGAAUUAGAGCAGAGAAAUAUCCUAAAGCAAAAGAAUGAAGAAGAGGAACAAGAAGCAAAAAUGGAACUUAAACGCAGACUCAGCAGAAAGCUCAGCCUGAGACCCACAGUGGCAGAGUUACAAGCUCGAAGGAUUCUGAGGUUUAACGAGUAUGUAGAAGUCACCGAUUCUCCGGACUAUGACCGCCGGGCAGACAAGCCCUGGGCCAGGUUAACUCCUGCAGACAAGGCAGCCAUAAGGAAAGAACUAAAUGAAUUUAAAAGCACAGAAAUGGAAGUUCAUGAAGAAAGUCGACAGUUUACAAGGUUUCAUCGUCCAUAAGGAAGUGUGAGACUAUUUGGAAACAUCAUCUUUGGGGGAAGCCCUGCUUCCUGAAAGCCUGAUAUUGCACUGGGAUUUGAGUGUGUGUGUUUCCCUUUAACUUGUGGUGAGGGAAGUGCGUGACUUGGCUUGUUGGAAAUGCCCCUCCCCUGUGCAGCCCAGGUGGGGCCAACAAGCAAAGGGAGGAGGCAGUGAUCCUUGCUGCCCAGAAUGUGCAUCGACGGUAAGGGACACCGUGCUUACAUCAGUUAUUCUUCAUCAGGAGUUUCAAUCAAAGAAGAUGAGCAGAAGACAAUCGCUGGCUCCCUAUUACCAGAAAGCCAAAUUUUAUAGUGCGGGUUAAAGAAAAAUAGAGAUCGGAAUGCUGGGCACGGGAAAGGGGUGGGAGAUAAAAACCAGAAAGAAAGAGAAAUAUUUCAUUAUGUUAAUGAAGAACUGAGAAAAUUGACGCAUAAAUGUAUUUUUGAAGUAGGCAUUUUGGUAGCUGAGAGCUUAUUAAGGGACUUAGGAAUCUAAUUAUCAACAUGGAUUCUUUAAAGACUUGAUCCUAGAAGAAUAUUCUUGUUUCACCACUUUGUAGGUACAGUGCAGUACCAUUACUUUAUGUUGUGCCAGUGAAUCCAAUUGCCAGAAAUGUCUGACUGUUUUCAUGCAUCUUUUUCUUAAAUGCAAGAGGCUUCUACUGACUCUUAACAAGCAUGCUUACCCAAAUUUUGUUGCAUGCUUUAAAUAGCAUAGCUAUACACACGUGACCUUUUUUUAUACUCCUUUCCUAGUGCACCAACCUUCCACAAGGAUAACAGGACUGGGAAUAAAGUCAGAUGUAACGUGAUCCUAUAAAACUGUAGUAAGCUUCAGAAGUAAAUCUUUUGAUCUUUCCCUAUCUUGAUUAUCUCCAAUAUCAAUGCACCCAUACUUGAUCUAAAGGAGAUAGUAUUGACAAUCAUGACAUCUUUUUACAAAAAACCUGAAUCCAAAGUUAAAACUUAAGCAAGACACAGGUGUACUGCCUAUAGGUAGUUCUGAGUAGGAAUGCAAAAGACUAGUUAUUUUUCAGUGCUGCAUUAAAAAAGUUGGGUUGCUGCUAUUAAAAAAGUACUCAAAGGCUUAAGAGAACACAGAAAUUUUCUGCUAAGUUGUGUGUGAGGAAAACCUCAUCUUGGAAUUUAGAAAUCUGCAGGUAGCAUCCAUAAAUAUAGUAUUUACUUUCAAUGCAAAACAAUCAGUGAGAUUAAAGUCAUGGAAGGUUUUCCUAUGAGCCUACAGUCAGUAUUGUUUACAUGAAGAAACCCUCUAUUGAUGUAUUGCUAUUUUUCAUGGAGUCAUAGGCACAGUAUGACUUCUGCUCCCAAAUACGUAUGCCCAUGUGUAAAUACUACCUUGCAUUUAAUUGUUCUUUCACAAUUGUUUUGUGCCCCUUUUACUAGAAACACAUAAAAAAUAUAGCAAGACAAGACCUAAAUAGAGUUUAUUUUAUUCUCAGAGCCUGGACUAGAAUUAUCUGAAAUAUCUCUGGUUCUUAUAUGGAAGACUAUAGUUUUUUAUUUCAACCCAAAAGUAAGCAUUGAAUCUGGUGGAUAAAUUUAGAUCCUCCAUUCAUUGGUGUUUUGAAGAACCACUUGAAAUUGAAUGAUUUUGUUUAAAAAAUUAUAUCUGGCUUAGACGCUCAUGGAUUAAAAAAGAAAAACAAAUUUUAGUCCCAGUUGGCCUAUUAUAAAAAGCCAGAACCAUUUUAUAACUAAGAAAAGUAAUCAUCAUUAUUGCACCUCUUGUUGCAUUCAGCUGUGUGCAUUAAUAAAAUAAACCUGGAAUUUG